CAAUCCGAAGAGCAGUGUUUUUGUGUUUGUGGUGCUUGCAUCAAAAAGCGCGGCAUGAGCCUCUGUAGUCUUCUGUUGUGAAGUCUCUCGCGAACCUCGCCCCACUCAUACAUUCACAAUGAGCAGUUCUGACACCGAUGACGACAUACCUGACGGCAAAGUCUGCCAGCAGUUAUGCGAAGAAUUUGCGGCUAUAACACAGACGGACACGGCCUGUGCGCAGUUCUAUCUCCAAGACAGGUCCUGGAACCUCGAGCGGUCCGUUAAUGACUUCUUCGAAGACCGCAAAAACAAGGGCGCCGUCAGGGUAUCUGGUGAUGACAACCGUGCAGACGUAGUCCUUGUUGUGGACGGCAGCCGUCCAAGUCUCGCAGCUGCCGCAACUGCCAUAUUUGCUGAGGCAGCCACGAGCAACCGGAAUGGGACAAGGGCUCCAAGCGCCACUGAAGGUCAACCCAACACUUUGAAGCUUAUCUCGUGGAACACGGAUGGUAUUGAUGAUAAGAACCUGGUGCUUCGUGCAAAGGCGGUCUGUUCCACGAUUGAAAGUGCUGGCAUAGACGUUGCGUUUCUUCAAGAAGUGGUGCCUGCCUCGGCCGAUAUCUUCAAGACACUCCUUCCUGGAUACAAGUGCAUCAUGGGGAAUACCAUUGAGUACUUCACAGUCACUCUGCUCAGGAAGGCAACCAUUGACUAUGAAAGUCAUGUCAUCUACCCAUUUUCCAACACUGCCAUGGGUCGAAAUGUGACGUACAUAAAGGCAUCGUUUGGGGGCUUUCCCAUCACGCUGAUGAACACACACUUGGAGAGUACGGCCGACUUUGCCGAGCAGCGAACAGUGCAGUUCUACAAAUGCCUCAAGAAGUGCGUCAAGGAACCUGACGAGAGGACGGUCAUCUUUGGUGGCGAUCUCAAUCUGCGAGACAGCGAGGUUGAAGACAUGGGUGGCCUGCCACAAGGUGUGAAGGACGUCUGGGAAUCCUGCGGGCAGCGCAAGGAGGUCCGCUACACGUGGGACAUGACGCGCAACGACAAUGUUACCUGGAACGGCCGCUUCAAGCCUCGAUGCCGUUUCGACCGUGUGUACAUAAGAGCUGCCAAACCUGCUACCAUGAAACCAGCAUUCUUCGGCAUGGUAGGGCUGGAGAGGCUGAAGCCUCACAGAUGCUUCCCCAGUGAUCACUGGGGUCUCCUGUGCCACUUCAAGCUUCUCUAGUCUGGCUGGCAUUCCGUUGCAUUUACGAACUCAAGUCAUUGAGUUUGCUUCAGUGCGUGUUUUUAGUCCGUACAAAAGGAAGACGCCAACAGCGAUGCACAGUUUUUUUUUCUGCUGUUGUCAACUCAGGGCCACAAAAUGCAUGCCAGUAAGCAUGCCGAUUUGUCAUUGUGCCAUGCACGGCAUACUUUAUUUGCUGUAUAUAAAAAUUUUCAUUUCUAAAAUAAAAUGUGUGCCUGCCGUUU